AUGUCACUACAAGUUAGAGUAAAGUUUCCAGCAGACUAUCCUGUCAUUUAUAAAACCAUUCGAUUGGAUCCUUCAUUGACGGUGCUAGAGGCAAUUGCAGCCAUUGGUCAAGCCAUCAAUGUCAAUCCAGCAGCAGAUAUUGGAUUGUUUUUACCAGAAGACAAAGCAUGUUUACAAGAUACUCGACAACUAUCAUCUUAUACUCAAAUUACACAAGCACAAUAUAUAGAAUUAAAAUCAAAGAAACAAAAGAAAGAUUCUUGUUGUACAAUCAUGUAA